CUCCUCCGAUCUGGGCACUUGGCAUCGUCGUCACCAACUGAGAGAGAGAAGGCUUAGCCGCACAAAGUCGAAGGACACUACACGACGGCGACCAUGGAGGCCGCGGCGGCGAGGCCCGUCAUCCACGUCGCCGCCAUCUGCGGCUCCCUCCGCAAGGCCUCCUACAACGCCGGUCUCCUCCGCGCCGCCGCGGAGGUGUGCGAGGAGUCCGUCCCGGGGCUGCGCGUCGAACACGUCGACAUCUCCGGCCUGCCGCUGCUCAACACCGACCUCGAGAUCGACGGCGGGUUCCCUCCCGCCGUCGAGGCCUUCCGCGACAAGGUCCGCCAGGCCGACUGCUUCCUCUUCGGGUCGCCCGAGUACAACUACUCCAUCGCAACCCCACUGAAGAAUGCACUUGAUUGGGCUUCUAGAGGGAAAAAUUGCUGGGCAGACAAACCUGCUGCAAUUGUCAGUGCAGGAGGUGGCUUUGGAGGGGGUAGAUCGCAGUACCAUCUUCGUCAGGUUGGUGUAUUUUUAGAUCUUCACUUCAUCAACAAGCCAGAACUCUUUGUAAAAGCAUUUGAGCAGCCUCUGAAGUUCGACAGCGAUGGUAAUUUGAUUGAUACGGAUAUCCAAGAACGGAUCAAGCAAGUUCUCUUAUCCCUACAGGCCUUUACACUCAGGCUGCAAAAGAAGGAUUGAACUAGUGAAGCGAACAUAAACGUGUUAGUGUGCAUUUCCGGAGCUUGGCUCCUUGGAUAUUUCUAUUACAGCUUAGCUGAUGGCAUUUUACUUUUUAAUCAAGCGAUGUGUAGUGGAAAGGCAGAAACUUGUAAUAAAUUCACCCAGAAUUAUUUCCCUGUUCGUUUGAAAGUUUGAUGGCUUGACCACAUAUAUAUACAAAAAUAAAGAUAAUAUAUUUUCUCCA